AUUUUCAGAGCUUGCUAAAAUUGUUUUUAUAUCUACUACAAAUGUUGGAAAAAGUAAAGCAUGUUAUUUUGGUUCUAUCUGGUAAAGGUGGAGUUGGUAAAUCUACUGUAAGCACACAAUUAGCUUUGACAUUCCGCGAACAUGGACAUAAAGUUGGACUACUGGAUAUUGAUUUAUGUGGACCUAGUGUCCCGUAUUUGUUAGGUUUAGAAGGAAAAGAAAUUUAUCAAUGUGAAGAGGGCUGGGUGCCAAUAUACACAGAUGAGAGUAAAACUCUAGCUGUGAUGUCUAUUGGAUUUUUGCUGAAAAAUCGCAACGAUCCAGUGAUAUGGCGAGGUCCAAAAAAAACUAUGAUGAUCCGGCAAUUCCUAACAGACGUAAAAUGGGAUGAAUUGGAUUAUUUGAUAAUUGACACGCCGCCUGGUACAUCUGACGAGCAUAUAACUAUUAUGGAGUGCAUGCGUGAGGUGAAGUGCGAUGGAGCAAUUAUAGUUACUACGCCUCAAUGUGUAGCUUUAGAUGAUGUUCGAAAGCAAAUAACAUUUUGCAAAAAAACUGGAAUUAAUAUUUUAGGCAUUUUAGAAAAUAUGAGCGGUUUUGUGUGUCCACAUUGUACAUCAUGUACAAAUAUUUUUUCAUCCAAUGGCGGUAUUGAGCUGGCAAAAUUAGUUGGUGUACCACAUUUAGGCACAUUACCCAUUGACCCUCGCGUUGGAGUGCUCCGCGGAACGACACAAGCAGUGGUUUCAGAAUUACCUGAUUCGUCAUCGGCAGAUGCUUUUAAUUUGUUAGUAAAAAAAAUAACCGUUGAACGCGUUUAAUUUAAUUUUCACAUUA